AUGUCAUCCAACCUAGAUAAAGUUGAAUCUGAGGAAAUUGAGAGGAAUGCUUCAGCUUCAGUUCAAAGAGUUGCAUCUGCAUCUGGUAGUGAAUGGCCCAUGUCUGAGGGCCGAAGUGAGGAGUGUGCUGAACCUAUUAGAAUUCGUAGGCCUUUGAUAGAUAAAAUCCUUAAACAUGGGGCAGAAGAAUUUAGAGCUACCGCAGAUGAUGAUUCAGAAAAGGCUGAGUUUUGGUUAGAAAAUUCUAUCUGGGUUUUUGACGAAUUAUCUUGUACACCUACUAAAUGUCUGAAAUAUGCGAUAUCUCUACUGAAAGAUAUAGCUUAUCAUUGGUGGAAUACCAUAACUUUAGUGGUACCUAUAGAGAAUGUUAUAUGGGAAUUCUUCCAAGCUGAAUUCAGGAAGAAGUAUAUGAGUCAGAUAUUUAUAGAUCAGAAAAAGAAAGAAUUUCUAAAGCUCAAACAAGGGAAUAUGGCCGUGUCUGAAUAUGAACAAGAAUUUGUUCAGUUGAGCAAAUAUGUCAGAGAAUGGGUUCUAACAGAGGUUAAAAUGUGUAACGCUUUGAAGAAGGUUUAA